AUGUGGGCUGGGCAAGUGUGCUCGGCGGAGAGUAAGGCCGAGUCUUGGCAGGUCGUCGUCGGAAAAUUACUAUUAUGGGAACUGUCUGUAUUUCUACGCACAGGCCAGGGUUCAGAAAGAGCAAGUACAUGUAGUUGCAACACUAGCCAGCUUGUAGGGAAAUUAUUACGUGGGUGUCGUCAUGGGAUAUCGUAUGAGGGUAAACUGCCGGGAAGACCGCCCGUUUCACAAAGCCACUACUGUAGUACAUUCUGCUCUCAAGAACAAUUGACCGGUGCGGGUACGGGUGCUCUUCCUAAGUUCCUACGCUGCCUAUACGUGCCUCUGACAACAACCUCAAAGAGGAAAGCAGCAAGUGCACCUCAUCAGCAAGGCGUCGUUGUUGUCGUUGUCUGCCAGCCAGAAUAG